CGGCCGCGGCGGGGUCCGCCCUCGCCUCCCUCGGCCGCGCGGCCCGCGCCUCCUCGGAACCUUUGGCGGCCGGCCCCGGAGGCCUCUGGCAGUGACCGAGCCCGGAACCCCCAGCCGCGCCCGGCGCUGCCCGCUGCCCCCCUCCGUUGGUGCUCCCCACGCCCCCCCUGCGGGGACUCCCCGCUCCUCCCCUGCAGCCCCUCCAGUCCCCCCUCGCACCCGAGCGCGGGUCUCGUCCCCCUGCUGCAGGCGCCUCCCAUUAGCUUUCGGGGAGGCCCCCCCUUGAUGGGGGCCCCCUGACCUCGGCUUCCGCCCCGGGUGGGCCCCUGGUGAGCGCCCCCAUGGCCGCCCCGGAAUGACCGGGGGCCGCGGGCCGCGUCCUUGGGCUCCCGCAGCGCGCUCCGCCUCGGCCGCCCCCUCCCCCGCUGAGCCGGACUCGGGGCGCCCUGAGGCGGCGCCGCCAAGAUGUGGCUCAAGCUCUUCUUCUUGCUGCUCUACUUCCUGGUCCUGUUCGUGCUGGCCAGGUUCUUCGAGGCCAUUGUGUGGUACGAGACGGGCAUCCUGGCCACCCAGCUGGUGGAUCCGGUGGCGCUGAGUUUUAAAAAGCUGAAGACCAUCCUGGAGUGCCGGGGCUUGGGCUACUCGGGGCUGCCCGAGAAGAAGGAUGUCCGAGAGUUGGUGGAGAAGUCCGGAGACCUGAUGGAAGGUGAGCUUUAUUCUGCACUCAAGGAAGAAGAAGCGUCGGAGUCUGCUUCGAGCACCAACUUUAGUGGUGAAAUGCACUUUUAUGAGCUCGUGGAAGACACCAAAGAUGGCAUUUGGCUGGUUCAGGUCAUAGCAAGUGACAGAAGUCCUCUGGUGGGGAAGGUCCACUGGGAGAAAAUGGUGAAAAAGGUGUCCAGAUUUGGAAUCCGCACGGGAACUUUUAACUGCUCAAGCGAUCCCAGGUAUUGCCGUAGGCGAGGCUGGAUCCGCUCAACCCUCAUCAUGUCCGUGCCCCAGACCAGCACGUCCAAAGGGAAGGUGAUGCUCAAGGAGUACAGCGGGCGCAAGAUGGAGACGGAGCACAUCUUCAAGUGGAUCACCGCACAUGCAGCUUCUCGCAUCAAAACCAUUUAUAACGCGGAGCACCUGCGGGAGGAGUGGAACCGCAGCGACCAGUACUGGGUGAAGAUCUACCUGUUUGCCAGCCUAGACCAGCCGCCAGCCUUCUUCUCCGCCCUCAGCAUCAAGUUCACGGGGAGGGUCGAGUUCAUCUUCGUCAAUGUGGAGAGCUGGCCCAACCGCAGCUCGAUGACGGAGCUGGGCAUCCACAGCAUGCCCUCCUACAUCCUGCGGACGCCCGAGGGCAUCUACAGGUACGGGAACAACACGGGUGAGUUCCUGUCCCUGCGCGCCAUGGACUCCUUCCUGCGCUCGCUGCAGCCCGAAGUCAACGACCUGUUUGUGCUGAGCCUGGUGCUGGUGAACCUGAUGGCCUGGAUGGACCUGUUCAUCACGCAGGGUGCCACCAUCAAGCGCUUCGUGGUGCUCAUCAGCACGCUGGGCACCUACAACUCGCUGCUGAUCAUCUCCUGGCUGCCGGUGCUGGGCUUCCUGCAGCUGCCCUACCUGGACAGCUUCUAUGAGUACAGCCUGAAGCUGCUGCGCUACUCCAACACCACCACGCUGGCCUCCUGGGUGCGCGCCGACUGGGUCUUCUACUCCUCGCACCCCGCGCUCUUCCUGGGCACCUACCUGGGCCACGGGCUGCUCAUCGACUACUUCGAGAAGAAGCGGCGCCGGCAGCACCAUGCCGAGGAGCCCAACAACCUCGAGUGGCUCUCCAGCCUGUGGGACUGGUACACCAGCUACCUCUUCCACCCUAUCGCCUCCUUCCAGAACUUCCCCGUGGACUCGGACUGGGACGAAGACCCCGACCUCUUCCUUGAGCGCCUGGCCUUCCCGGACCUGUGGCUGCACCCGCUGAUCCCCACCGACUACAUCAAGCACCUGCCCACCUGGCGCUUCCGGGGUCCGGAUGUGCCGUCCGAGGAGGACGCGUCGGAGGCCCCCCGGGAGCCCGACGAUGACUCGGAUGGCGAGGGCGGGGAGACGGAAGCGGCUGGCCCCGCCAUGGAAGGAGGCCGCCUCCAGGAUGGGCCCCGCUCGUGUGCCGACCGGUGCCGCCGGGCCGGCCCCCCCGAGGGGGCGGCGGAAGACGGGGAGCCCGCCUGGCCUGCCGACAUGCUGCGCUGCACCGAGUGCGUGGUCUGCCUCGAGAACUUUGACCGCGGCUGCUUGUUGACGGGCCUGCCCUGCGGCCACGUCUUCCACCAGAAUUGUAUCGUCAUGUGGCUGGCCGGGGGCCGGCACUGCUGCCCCGUCUGCCGGUGGCCCUCGUACAAGAAGCAGCCUCCACGCGGCCGCCGGCCGCCCCCCUCGAGUGACGCCGCGUCCUGAUGGGCAGCGCUGUCCUGUGGAGCCCGGGCUCGCUGAGGGUGCGCCCCGUCAGUGUUAGUCACAGCGUUUUUGUGGUUUGAAGUUUAGUUUAAUGUUAGUGCAGUGACCAGAAAUAUACAUUAUGCUAACGUUAAUGGCAGAAUUAUUUGGUUGCCUUGUGUGUCAAAUGGAAUGCAUACUUAAUUGUACAAACUUUUCUUUACUCCGUUGGAGAUUCAGCAGUUGAUGUUUUUGGUAAGCACAAAAAGGCGAGACAGAAGUCUAUCCUAGCAAGAGAUGACAAGUUGGGGUUCAGAGUCCAAUGAGAUUGACGGUUGCUUCUCUUAAAUGUUUCCUCCCUUUUUACAGUCUCUCUGUUCAGCACCUUUGGUUGAAUAAUGUAUCUCUGAGACAUGAAAUUUAAGAAACCUAUGAAAUAAAUUAUUUUAAACCCA